UUGUCUGCGGAGGAAACCGGGGCGCCGUCCAAGGGAGGGGAACUGGAAGCCCGAAGCCCGAAGCCCGAGAGAGGCUGCAGAGAGAGAAAGAGAGAAAGAGAGAGAGAAAGAGAGAGAUAGAGGGAGGGAGAGAAAGAGAGAAAGAGAGAGAGAAAGAGAGAGAGAGAGGGAGGGAGAGAAAGAAAGAGAGAGAGAGAGAAAGAGAGAGAGAGAGGGAGGGAGAGAAAGAAAGAGAGAGAGAGAGAAAGAGAAAGAGAGAGGGGAGGGAGGAUCGCAAAAAAGGGCAGCCAAGGAGAAAGGAGAGAAGGUGGAACCGGAGUGGCUUCGGAUUAACAGAGAGUCCGGAAUAGGAUUUGCAAAGCAGACGUGGGUGGUUGGUUUUUGGUUUUUUUUUGACAGCCGGCAAAAGCCCAGCUGGGGCAUCUCUUGGCUCCUCUUGGCCACGGGGGGGAGGGGGUUUUUUUCCUCCUCACCUGUGCUGCCUUACCUGGAGCCCCUUUGGGUGAGGGUGGGGGGGUCAGGAGGAAGAGGAGGAGGAGGAGGAAAGGAAGAAGCAGAGGAAGAAAAAAAAAUGAGCCAGCAUGUCUGAUAAAAUGUCCAGCUUUCUCUACAUCGGGGAUGUGGUCUCGCUUUACGCCGAGGGCUCGGUCAACGGCUUCAUCAGCACCUUGGGGCUCGUGGAUGACAGAUGUGUGGUUCACCCGGAAGCAGGCGAUCUUUGCAAUCCACCCAAAAAAUUCCGAGAUUGCCUUUUCAAAGUGUGUCCCAUGAACCGAUAUUCCGCACAGAAACAGUACUGGAAAGCUAAACAAGCCAAACAGGGUAACCACACCGAAGCGGCCCUGUUAAAGAAACUACAACAUGCAGCUGAACUGGAACAGAAGCAGAACGAAUGUGAGAACCGGAAGCUGCUGGGGGAAAUUGUGAAAUACAGCAACGUGAUCCAGGUGAGACUUUUGCAAGAAGACGCGAAGAGAUCGGGUGUCCACCGUCCAGUUGGCAAAUCCAGAAAAAAGAAACCUCCCGGGACAUUAUUUUACCAGGAGUAUAAAACUUUAUUGAAUAAACCACAUUGGCACAGAUAGAAGAUGCAAAACCAACUCUG